AUGCAAGCGUUGCUACAGAGCAGUGCUAACAAAAGAUUAUGGAACAGUGUAAAUGAGAAAUCCUGCACUGAUUUGUUUUCAGCUCUCUGUACAAAUCCAUCACACAUCAGAGAGCUGGAUCUGAGUGAGUGUGAACUAGGAGACUCAGGAGUGGAGAAGCUCUGUGAUCUACUGAAGAAACACGAGUGUAAACUGGAGAAACUGGGAUUAUGGAACAGUGUAAAUGAGAAAUCCUGCACUGAUUUGGCUUCAGCUCUCUGUACAAAUCCAUCACACAUCAGAGAGCUGGAUCUGAGUGAGUGUAAACUAGGAGACUCAGGAGUGGAGAAGCUCUGUGAUCUACUGAAGAAACACGAUUGUAAACUGGAGAAACUGCUUCUACGGUACAGUGUAAAUGGGAAAUCCUGCACUGAUUUGGUUUCAGCUGUCUGUACAAAUCCAUCACACAUCAGAGAGCUGGAUCUGAGUCGGUGUAAACUAGGAGACUCAGGAGUGGAGAAGCUCUGUGAUCUACUGAAGAAACAAGAUUGUAAACUGGAGACACUGCUGUUAAUAAAGUGCAGAAUAACAGAUAGAGGCUGUGCUGCUCUGACUGCAGCUCUGAAGUUAAACUCCUCACAUCUGAAAGAUCUGGAUCUGAGAUGUAAUAAACUGGGAAAUUCAGUCACACAACUUGAGGAGUUGCUGAGGCGUUCAGGAGGACAGAUACGAUAUGAUAAAUCCACAUGAGUGAGACGGUUCUUCACAGUAGUACUAGACACACCAGAGAGGAAGCAGCAUGUACAGUAAUGUAAGAAGCAGCGUGGAUUAGGGCUGCACAGUUAAUCGAAUAUUGAUCUCGAUUACGAUUUUGACUGCCCACGAUUACUUGAACAUGAUCGACUGCGAUAUUGACGAUUAAAGUUCAUCCUCCGCUGAUGGAAAACGCCGCUGCAGAUCGAAGGAAGCAUUUCCUAAACUUACAGCCAGUCACCAUAGAGCAGCGCACGCAUGAUGUCAUUUUGUAAUUCCAAAAUCCAGAAACGAGUUUCCAGAAGCUGCGAGCUUCGCUUGCGCGAGGGGAAAUCAUGACAUUAACAGGUGGCUAAAUGGCACUAGAGAGGUUGUAGUCAUUAUCACGCCGAACAGGAAAAACCUUUGCAGAUAAACUCAGGGCUCUACAGUGUGACCAUUUCACUCACAUUUGUGACUUUACUUUGAUUGACAGUUUGUCAGAAAGUGUAUGAUAUAACUACUCAUAUCCAGAGUGUACAGUAAUGUAGGAAGCAGCGUGUACAGUAAUGUAGGAAGCAGCGUGUACAGUAAUGUAGGAAACAGUGUGUACAGUAAUGUAGGAAGCAGAGUGUAGAGUAAUGUAGGAAGCAGUGUGUACAGUAAUGUAGGAAGCAGAGUGUACAGUAAUGUAGGAAACAGUGUGGAUGAUCAUUACACUCAGCAGAUCCAGGACAGCAG